CUGCUUCUUGUUGUUCCCAUUUUGAUUUGCGUAUUCCACUUUGUAUUAUUAAUACAUGUUUAUCAGCUGGCCAGGUUAUUUUGUGGUCCCUUCCCUCACUGGCAAUUUCCAGCCACACCUUACAGUUACAAGACAUGCUGGAAACAGAAACUAAGUGGCACAACUGUUGCACUUCAUCUGAGACACAUCAAGAUGGGUGCAAUAUUCAACUUGCUCGAGCAGCACAGACUGGAGUCUUUCUACAUGAAAUUUCUCCAGUUGGGUGUAAAAGACGAAAGAGAUUUCCUUGACGGUGUAACAGAUGACGACCUGAACAGCCUCGGACUAAGUCAGGUGGAAAAAACUCAUUUUUCUGCCAUGAAAGACAAAAUUCGCAGACUCAGAGCUCCAGCAGCUUCAAUGACUGUGAAAAAGUCCUUGGAGUCAUUCUGCCUGCAGUACACAUACCCCAAAUGUCCUGGACCAAAAUAUAUCAAAGAUAUGGAUCCUGCACAAAACACAGUUGAAGAUCUGAUGUUGAGAAUAUGUCACCUUGAAAGUGUCAGUCCAUCCAAAGAUGUCUGUCUCUACACAGUGGAUGGACUGCCUCUGACAGAUGAUCCCUUCUUCAACACAUGGUCUUUGAAAGACAGACAUAUUCAACAUGGAGAUAUAAUCUAUGCCAUAUUCACACCAAAGGAGAACCUGAGAGCAGCUCCUCCAAUGCAGAUGCGAGAGAUUACUGAAACCUACGGAACUGACACAGUUCGAUGCCACAUCAUGCUAAAGGGAGACUUUGAGGUGACCGUGGACUUGGCAAGUGACACAAUAGCCAAUCUGAAGAACAAGCUUGCCAAUGAAAGUGGAAUCCCAGGACAUGUUCUUCACUACAAAGGUGAACAUGGCAGUGGCGACACAUUGGAAAGUUAUGGAAUCUCAGAAGGGUCAACAGUGUACUUCACACUGUCCUCAUUUCCUGAGGAGAUUAGAGAUCACCAACAAUUCUUCAUCGAUGAUGUUGUGCCCUCAGUGCAACAGUCAACCAAAGGAAUCAGUGUCUUCUUGUCAUCACUGUAUAUGCUUAAAAACAAGGCUCCGGGAGUUCCAUACAAGAAUUUGUUUGGAUACAUAAGAAAACUGACUGGAUGUAGCCCACUGGUCCAAAGUUUGUACCAGCUUCUCUGGAAGAAUGAGAUCAUAUCCAGGAAUCAGAAGAUUGCGUUGGUUGAAGGCUUGUACAUGCUCUUUAGAGAGCUUUUACCACAGCUUGGAACAAACCUUGGAGAAAGGAUCAUUGAGGACCUUGAUGUCUUUGAGUACUCAACAUACUGCUGGGCACAUAUCCUUUCAGAAGCAAAGAAAGGGACAUCAGAUCAUGAGAACUAUGCACCAUUUUCUCUGAUGUCUGAAGAUGGCAGCCGUUUCUGUGAUCCAGUGACUGUACCUGGAAUACCAGGUGUCCUUGAAAGAGCAGUUGUACUUCAGAAAAUUAAAGAUGGCGAGAAGAUUCCAAACUGCCCCGAUGAGGAUCUCAGAGAAACAUCACUGAAAAGAGCCACUGACAUUGAGAAGAUUUUGCUCAGCGUUCAUCCGUCAGUCAGAACAUACGACCUCUGGAUUUCUCACGACAGUGUGACUGGUCAGAACUUUCACAUAGAUAUUGAGAAGACACUGGGAGACAUGGCAGAAGAACUGAAAGCUUUCCCUCAGUUCAGUGUGUCUCCACCACUGCUUCUGAAGGCUCUCGGUCUUGAUGAUGCACGCCUUGUUUACCUGAGUGAAGACAACCUUGGUGUCUAUAUAAAUAAAAAUAAGUUACAACCUGCAAUGAUCGAAGUGUAUGAUUGCCUGGCUGGCAAAAUCAAAACUAUGGAUUUGAACAUAUUGGCAGCUAAAACUGGUGACCACCGGGAUGACUAUUCAUUCGUCACAACCAGGACUCCAAAAGAGGCUAUACUGGUGCUGAUAGAUACAAGCUCAUCCAUGGCAGAGAAUUGCUACGGAAGUGUGGAAAUACAGAAAAUCCAUGCUGUUAAACAGCUUUUCGACAACUUUGCAACACGGACCAUGGCUUAUGAUUUUUAUCAUGUCAUUGGCCUUGUGAAGUUUGACUCUACAGUGAAAACUCUCCACACAUUUACGGAAACACUCGAAAAGUUCAAGGAACAUGUGCACACCCUUAAGGCAAAAGGACGCACUCUGCUGUAUGAUGCCCUGCAGCAUGGACUACUUGAGUUAGAAAAAGUCAAGAAGUUUCCAGACUGUAAACUUCGCAUUCUUUGUCUCACUGAUGGACAUGAUGUCGGAUCCUCAAACCAGCCAGAUGUUGUUGCUGCCAACCUGAUAAAGUCAAACAUCAUUGUGGAUUCAAUUCUUCUUGGGAAAGUGGAGAACGAGAUUCUGCGUGGAAUCAGUAAUGCAACAGGGGGUUGCUGUUUCAAACCAGAGACAAGCAAGGAUGGUCUGAAGCUUUUUGAGAUCGAGACUGUUCUCUCUUUGGAGAUGAGGAAGCCCAAGAAAAAAGCGGACCCAUCUUCCAUCACUAAAAGUUCUUUGAUAGCAACCUCUGCUGCUCAUGGGUAUGAUACAUUCCCUGAGGCUAUCUUACCAACCCAGAUGAACAGUAAAGUGACAGUGACAGAGAGCACUCUGAAAAAGAAGAUCAGAGAUGCCAAAGUUGGUCAACUGAUGGAAAAGGACAAACGUAUCCUGGAGGAGCUGAGGAGCCUGCAUUGUGACCCACAUCCCUACUUCAGUAUCUUCCCAUCAGAGUCAGACUUCACAUUCUGGAAGAUUCUCAUGGAAGGACCCCCUGACACACCUUAUGAGAAAGGAACCUUUGAGUUGUUCUGCCAGUUUGGUCCUGACUACCCAGUGAAGCCUCCACUUGUUCGCUUUGUCACACCUGUGUACCACUGUAAUAUCAACAAUGUGGGGCGCAUCUGCCACAACAUAUUUGACCGGAACUACAAUGCCCAAAUCACCAUGAGAGAUAUCCUCAAUGCUGUAUAUGGACUGCUCAUCAUCCCUGAGCCUGAGGAUCCACUGGACAGCAUUCUGGCUGAGGAGUUCCUGACCAGCCGACAGACGUAUGAACAGGAGGCCAAAAAACAUACAGAGGAAACUGCUGCGCAAUCACGGGAUGACAUGGAGAAGAAAUUGGUGGAUCCUGAGAAAAAGCUUGUGCCCCCACAUCUGAUCUGUGCACUCACCAAAAAGAUGUUUGUUGAUCCAGUGAAAACAAAAUUCGGAACAGUGUACGAACGAAAGGCCAUCGAAAAAUUCCUCAAAACAAGCACAUGUGAUCCCAUGGGUGACCCAGCAGAACUGCUCACCAAAGCUGAUCUCACACCAGCCAAUGACAUGAAGAAAAUGGUGAUGGAUCAUCGUGCUAGACAAAUUCAGCAAAAGCUGUAGAGAAAAGUUGGUGCUACAGCUGUGGUGUUUUACAUCAGUGUCACAGUAAAUGAGACAGGAAACUAUACAAUACAAUACAAAACAAACAAUAUUCAAAAUUUUUGAUUCUAAUACAUACACGUAGUUAUACACAAGAAUGCUAGUUAUAACAAACUAAUACGACUUUGAACUGCUUUUAGCAAGGAUGGAUUACUUACUUACUUAAUGGGCCUACAAUAGAAAAGGCGCUCUAUAUACUGUGCAACCAUAUUAAGUACAAUCCCCCUUUCUAUUGUAUCAAACAGCCUUCUCACACAACAGAAAUGGGCUGAUUUAUACAACUUAAAACUUUAAAUGCUCAGGCUAAAUACACUUCUUGAUAUAUGUGAAAACAGACUGUUUACAGGUUCCAUGGACGCACAAGUCACCCUUGAUUUAGGACUAACAACUACUAACACAGGCCAUAAACUAUAAACUUGGCACUUCUGUCUGAACAGGUGCUCUUUGUGCUGUUGCCAAGCCUACUGUGCUGCUUGGCAGAAUACAAGAGGUGCGCCCUCUGCUGGCUACUGAUUGGCUACUCAGUCCCCACAGUCUUGAACAAACAAGCAGCCUUUAUAACAAAUAUUGUACAACUAAUUUUUAAUUACUUCACAUUCAAGGUCAGAAGAGGGAUACUAUAAUCUGCUUGCUGUCAACUUGCUUAACAGGUCUUUUAAAACAUAUAUGAUGCUUCUGAUGCUGUCAGAAAUAAACAUCUAACUCAGCAAUAAGCAGGCCUAUAUUUAAUCAUUCAUUAAUGAGAAACACACAAAUGAUCAUCAUGGUCAUGCGUCAUGAUGUUUCAUGUGGAAUAUAGAUACUUUGAACCCUGCAAUAAAUUAAAUUCUUUUUCAUGUUAUGUCUCAGGCACAAAUUCUCUAUUUUAGCUUUCGCUGUUUUCUGUUGAUUGAUUUCCUUUGAGUUUUAAUUGAUUUUAAAGUUUCAUGCUGUCUUUUGAAUUUGGACACAGUUGAUUUUGGGUAAAACCCCAAGUUAAAGAAAAAGUGAGCUUCAUUGUUUCUCAUGCAUAAACAUUUGCAUAUUACUUUUAUUUCUUUUAUUUACAGGAUGGAAACGCUUUUCGUAAAAUAAAAGCA